AUGCAUUUCUCUCGAUUCCUCUGCGUUGUAUUCACAACUGCCGUGGCCGCUCAGUCUACUAUUGCCACUGUCUAUUCUGAUCCCCAAUUUUCAGGGCCAUCUCAGCAAAUUUCUUCUACUGAACAAUGUGUUCCUCUCGAUCUCAAUACUAUGCCCCCACAAGUACGGUCAAUUCAGGUAGCGCCAGGUGUCCAGUGUACAACCUACACUGACUCUGAUUGCGAGGAACCAAACCAGUACCUCCCUCGUACCCAAUCCAACAUCAUCCUGGGCCAGCCCCAUUCAGAGGCUGUAAGUUGCCUGCAAUUUGGGGAGGUUUAA